UCUUUCGGAAAAGAUAAAACGUUACCCUCCUCAAAGAUAUAUCAAGACAAGAUAGGAAAGACCCCGGAGUGAGUGAGUGGGUGGGUCACAUUAACACAACUUGUUACUUUAAUCAACAAUAUAUACUCAAUGUUUAUAAAGACGUAGUAGUCACAUUGAGUAACGCACGUGACCAUUCGCCAGAGUCCGUUUGAUUUCACCUGUUUUAAUCAACAGUAACAUAAUAAGUACUUUCAUCCUCAGUACAACGAAGAUAAACUGCUAAGAGGCGGAAUAUGGCGCCGAAUAAACACGUGUGUUAUCUGGUAAUCAUGAGCUUUGAUAUCUGGUAACUUAUCAGACGUUUACUUUAGAUUAACUAAUACAACUAAGGAAGCGAUCUCAGUUAGCUCCGCUAGCUAGUUAACCGGUAAACCGAAGAUAGAAACGACGGCAGGAUUUCUCUCUUACUCUGACGAUGACGAUGAUACCGGAGACAAUGUUUGAAUGUGAUGCUCGUCGAGCUGUUGAACCUUCUUCGUUAAAACUAAGCUUUAAGUUACAGAAUUAGUAAUAUAAUUAAUUUGGAAAGUUUUAUACGUUUUUAUGCAAGUUUGAGAUUAAUUUGCUGUGUUUUUAGUGGAACAAUAGCUCGUUUACGGAACAAAUCAAAGAGUCCAACUGCCAGGAGAGAGCUAACGUAAACUAACAUGAACCGGUGAUGAACGCUUCUGGGAGACAAGACCUCCAAAUAAAACGAGUGUCCUCGAGGAAGAGGUCGAGGGAGGACCUGAGGACUCACCGGACACCUGUGAGGAAAAGGGGAGGAGCUACCUGCCUACAGAAAUGUAAAGACUGGAGGCUCAGCAGCAUCAUGGCUGAGGGACGAGCUUUUGAGUACUGCAGUGACAGCGAGGACUUGUUCGGGGACUAUGACAGCAUCCUGGAGGACAGCUCUCUGCUGGCGAGGCUGGACGCCGCCGAGCAGAAUGAACGACGUCGUGACGAUCAGCCCGACUUCACUGCUCUGAGAGCCAGACAGACGCGCGAAGACGUCCUCACGGACUCCAUCUUGGACGUCCUCACAGACGAACCCUUCGAGGACCUACCGACCAGCCAGCAUCGGUUUCAGGAGCAAGUCGACGGGGCCGCGAAGAGGAGCCGACUGGAGGACGGAGACAAAACCUCGACUCCUCUCAGAGACGCUGAGGAUAAAAGCAGAGCGAGGAGGAGUGUGACGGAGGAGAUAAAGAGGACGAUGCUCUGUAACGCCGCAGCUCCGUCCAGCGUCUCACACAGCGUCGGGCUGAAGGAAGCCGUCGUUUCUGAGGAGAUCAGCGUGGCCAUGCAGGCCAUGGAGGAGGUCUGUGCUGAGACCACCGACCUCGGGCCGUUCUACGGACUCCCCACCAAAGUGAAGGAGCUGAUGUUCACACUCAGAGGCAUCAAGGAUCUAUACGACUGGCAGGAGACGUGUCUGAACCUGGACUGUGUCCAGCAGAGGAGGAACCUGAUCUACUCGCUGCCCACCAGCGGAGGGAAAACUCUGGUUGCGGAGAUCCUCGUUCUCAGAGAGCUGCUGUGCAGGAGGAAAGACUGUCUGUUCAUCUUACCGUACAUCUCGCUGGUUCAGGAGAAGGUGCGGGGGUUAGCGAGCUUCGGCCUGGAGCUGGACUUCAUGGUGGAGGAGUACGCCGGCAGUAAAGGAAGGUUUCCUCCUGUGAGGAGAAGAAACAACCGGUCGGUGUACGUCGCUACGAUAGAGAAAGCCCACAGCCUCGUCAACUCUCUGAUCGAGACCGGCAGGAUGGACGACCUGGGUCUGGUGGUGGUGGAUGAGCUCCACAUGUUGGGUGACGGCAGCAGAGGAGCCAUUAUUGAAAUGACGCUGGCCAAAGUUCUCUACACUACCAAAAGUACUCAGAUUAUCGGAAUGAGCGCCACUCUGGGAAACAUCAGAGACCUGCAGACCUUUCUGAGGGCAGAGAAUUACACAAAUGACUUCAGGCCUGUCCAGCUGAAGGAGUACGUUAAACUGAACGACACCAUCUAUGAAGUCGACCCAAAUGAAGAGGAAUGUUUUAAAUUCUCACGUCUUCUCAACUUUAAGUACUCCAGCUCCAUGCAGAAGGUGGAUCCGGAUCACAUCAUCGCUCUGGUGACUGAAGUCAUUCCAGCACAUUCCUGUCUGGUCUUCUGUCCAACCAAGAAGAACUGUGAGAACGUGGUGGGGAUGAUCUGCAAAUACCUGAAGGAAGAGUUCCUCCACCUCAAGGAAGAGGAGAAGGCCGUCCUCCUCAGAGAGCUGAAGGCCAGCGGUAACGGCUCCAUGUGUCCGGUGCUCAGGAGGACGGUGCCAUACGGUUUGGCGUAUCACCACAGCGGACUGACCUCUGAGGAGAGGAAGCUGGUGGAGGAGGCAUACUCCAACGAGGUGCUCUGUCUCCUCACCUGCACCUCCACACUGGCUGCAGGGAUCAACCUACCUGCCCGCAGAGUGAUCCUGCGCUCUCCGUUCGUGGCCUCAGACUUCCUGAAGAGGAGUCAGUACAAACAGAUGGUCGGCCGAGCCGGUCGAGCCGGGAUCGACACCGCGGGAGAGAGCGUCCUCGUCCUGCAGGACAAGGACAGACACAUGGCUAAAACACUCGUUUGUGCUCCGAUGGAAAACUGUUACAGCAACCUGAUGCGUGACGAUGGAAAAGGCCUCCUGAGUCUCAUCCUGUCGCUCAUCGGAUUAAACAUCACCUCGACGGUGGACCGGGUGAGGGACUUCCUGUGUGGGACGCUGCUGUCCGUCCAGCAGAAGCACCUGUGUGCAGAGACGAGUCUGACGGAGGCGGUGCAGCAGAGUGUGGACCUCCUGAAGGACAAAGAUCUCAUCACGGUGACGGCUCAAAGUCUGCAGGUCACCAAGCUGGGAAGAGCUACCUUUAAAGGCUCAGUGGAUCUGACCUACAGUGACAUUCUGUACAAAGACCUCUCUAAAGGUCUGGAGGGUCUGCUGCUCAACAGCUGCCUCCACCUGGUCUACCUGGUCACGCCCUACGACAUGAUCACACAGUGCAGGCCGGACUGGAUGGUGUUCUUCAGACAGUUCACUCUGCUGACUGCUGCAGAGCAGAAGAUGUCUGCAGCUGUCGGAGUACCGGAGAGUUUCAUAGCUAGAAAAGCUGCAGGACAGAUGGUGAGAAAGACCAUGAACCUGUUGUUGUUGUUUCAGACCAUGAACCUGUUGUUGUUUCAGACCAUGAACCU